AUGAAAUUACCAUUUCUUCUACAAACUAGUUCUAAAUCUGUUCUCCUAUAUUAUGAUAAUCGUAUGCGUAUGCUGGAUGAACGUCGUGGUGUACUGAUGCAUACACUUUUUAUGGAUACACCUGAAAUGCCAUUCUUUAAACUACGUGUUAGUCGUGAUAGAAUUGUUGAAGAUGCUCUACUAAUAUUGGAAAUUACAUGUAUGGAAAAUCCUAGCGAUUUUAAAAAGCAAUUACUUAUUGAAUUUGAAGGUGAACAGGGGAUUGAUGAAGGUGGACUUAGUAAAGAGUUUUUCCAACUGAUUAUUGAACGAAUCUUUAAUCCAGACUAUGGUAUGUUUGUAUUGGAUGAUGAAACUCAAAACUAUUGGUUUAAUCCAGCUCCUAUUGAUGAUAUGGAACGUGAAUACUGUCUAAUUGGUACUUUACUCGGUUUGGCGAUCUAUAAUGAUGUUAUAUUGGAUAUUAAUUUCCCUUCUGUUUUAUAUCGAAAGUUAUUCGGAAAAUUGGGUACAUUUGAGGAUUUAUUCGAUGCUAAACCUAGUUUAGCCAAUGGAUUGAAAGCUCUCUUAGAGCAUGAAGGUGAUGAUAUUGAAGAGGUGUUCGGAUGUUCAUUUACAGUCAAUUAUCUCGAUUCAUUUGGCAGUGUUAUUACGCAUGAAUUAAAGCCAAACGGGGCUAAGAUUCCAGUAACAAAAGAAAAUCGUCAAGAGUAUAUCGAUUUGUAUACAAAUUUCCUAUUAAAUGAAUCUGUUCGGAAACAAUUCAAUGCAUUCCGUAGAGGAUUUCAAAUGGUUGUUGAUGAAAGUCCAUUGACAUUUCUAUUUCGUCCAGAUGAAUUAGAACUACUUAUUCGUGGUAGUCCAGUAUAUGAUUUUAAAGAAUUGGAACGAGUUACCAUGUAUGAAGAGUAUACAGCGGAUUCACCUGUGAUUAAAAAUUUUUGGUCUGUUGUCCACUCAAUGACUGAAGGACAACAGAAACAGUUAUUACAAUUCUCCACUGGUUCUGAUCGUGUCCCAGUUGGUGGAAUGUCUAAAAUGAAAUUCACUAUUGCCCGUCAAGGUGCUGAUACAAAUAGGUUACCAUCCGCUCAUACCUGUUUCAAUAUCCUUUUACUACCAGAAUAUCAGAGUCUAGAAAAGUUGAAGCAAUCUCUGCUACUUGCUAUUACCCAUUGCAAAGGAUUUGGAAUGUCAUAA